CACUGCUUUAGCGUUUUUUUUUUUUUUUUAUUAUUUUUUAACCUUUAUCAAUACACAGCAUUAAUGAUGACGAAUAACAAAUGUCCUAGUUUUAAGUACGAUUACUCUGAAGAGCAAUUUUAUGCGUUAUAAGACUCUGACAAGACAACAUUUCACGAAUUUAGAGUCGACCCCACCGUCAAAAACAUUUGUUGGAAAAAGACUGGGCAUCCCUGCCGUAUGUCACUGUCCCUCAGGAGAAAGGUGGACAAGAAGAGCUGGAUGAUGGACCCCGAGGUUUCUUUGUUGCUGCACUGUGCAGUCUGGCGAGGCCUGCGGCAGUCCCAAGUGCAGGUGGAGCUGUCUGAAAGGUAUAACCGCCAGACUGACGUAGCUCUCCAACGUCACAUCGAGGAGGUUUGGACGGCGCGAGUGGCAAAGGAGCCUUGGCUUUUCAACGGCGCCAAAUUUCGGCUGCACUCUUUCCACGCGGCAUCGCCUGCCACUCAACCUUCAGCCUGCACUGUGUCAUUCCAAAACCUGGACUCCAUUGAUAGCCAAACAACUGAUGACAAGGACACCACGCCGCUGCUCACUCUGAGGGUAGGCCUCACUACUUACAAGGACUACCUCGGCACCAACUGGUCGUCCCGAGCGACGGAGCUCCGCAGACGUGGGGAGGCCGAAUUGGGCAGUAGCCAGGCGCUGUUGGCCCAGCCUUUAGGAGUGGGCGCCAUCGUGUGUACAGGUGACGGACAGGUGGUGUUCAUCAGGAGGAGCCAGGAGGUUGCAGAGGCAGGCGGGAAGCUGGACAUUCCCGGCGGGCACCCAGAACCCAAGGUUGUGUGCGAGCGUCUUGGUGAGGCAAAAAUCGACAUGAACCUCCUGCAGAAGAGUUCGGAGGCCGUCAUCGCUGAGCUUUUCUCGUCUGUUUGCGCUGAGAUUAGAGACGAAGUAAACGUUCCUCUGAGUUCCCUCGGUGAGCCACUGCUGAUGGGCGUGGCCUUGAAUCACACGAGUGCCGGAAGACCAAGUGCUGAAUUCUACAUCAGUUGUUCACUGUCAUCUGAUGAAGUCCGAGAGUUGUACUGGAAAGGAGGAGCAGAGGCCGACGAGUCUACGGACAUAGUGUUCCUCAGUCGAGCGGAGACAUUGCAGCUGGACAGAAGCAGUCCACUGUGGUCGGAGCUGUGUCCUUCUGCCAAGGGAGCCGUGUUGCUUUUCCAGAUUGUGAAGCCUGAAAUGUUGUGAUUUUAAUAGUCUGAACUUGUUUAGAAGCACUGAAACUAUGAUUCCACAUUGUACAGUAAAAUAUUUUGAAUAGAAACUUUUGAAAAAGGGCAGUUUUGUUCUUAAAUGUGGUUCGAUUGUUGAAAGCAGCAAUUGUUGAAAAAUCCCCUUAGCUAUCCUGUCAUGUCCAUUUCUUCAUCAGUAGGCCUCGUAGCCGCCGCAGUAAUACACAGCUUGGUCAUGAUAUGGCACAUUCCACUGAAACGUAAAACGGCAUACAGUAUAAUCAGUUCUGACUGCAUACUCUUAAAUCUGGCCAUGUUAAAAUAAUCUGUACGUACAUGCUGGCUCCAAGACUGCAUGUUAUUCCAGCCUGAAGAAAAGGAAAAGAAACAUUUUACAUCAUUAAUCGCUCACUGGAAAAAAGUACUAAGGUCCAUUCUCCCUAAAAUGUCUUUGAAGAAUUAUGAUUUACCUGAAAACCUAAUUCAGACUUGAUAUAUUGUUUUGAUUUCUUUCUUUCUGGUAUGAAUUACGACUAAAAUUAUACAUUUGUAUAAUACUGCGCUGUGCUCUUGCAGUCAUCUUUACAGGAAGGCCACUCCUUGGAAGAGAAGCAGCAGUGCUGAACGUCCUCCUUUAACAGACAAUUUGGCUAACUGGACUGAUGAACAUCAAGUCUUUUAGAGAUACUUUCAUAACCUUUUCCUGCUUUAUACAAGUUAUAUAUAUAUAUAUAUAUAUAUAUAUAUAUAUAUAUAUAGUCCUGACCUCAACCCUAUCGAGAUGCUGUGGCAUGACCUCAAGAGAGCUAUUCACACCAGACAUCCCAAGAUACUUGCUGAACUCCACCAGUUUGUAAAGCGGAAUGGUCCAAAAUUCACCCUCAUCGUUGUGCACGUCUGAUCUGCAACUUAAUUUACUUGUUUCCUCCCUUUCUUGUGAAUGUUUGCUGUAUUCAAUAUAAUUGUGUUGUUAUUUUAACCAGACUGUUCGUUUAUCCUUGUGAUUUAGAUCAGACCACAUUUUAUGACCAAUAUAUGGAGAAAUGUAAGAAAUUCCAAAGGUUUCAUAUACUUUUUCCUCCCACUGAA